AUGACCACCAGUAGUCAAGUCAUUUGGAAAGAAAAUGCGGACGGGAGUCGAGCAACGAUCUACAGUGUAAGCCAGGAUGGAACGGGUCUGUGGCGUUGGGAAUUGAUGAGAAGUGUCAUCGAUUGGGGAAUAUGGAAAGUAUUCGGUCAGGUUAAUCUGCUUGGCAUUACGGAAGCAGAUAAUACAACAAUAGCAGGAGGUAGUCUCUUACAGUACGUCUAUUAUAUUGGUAAGAAAUUACGACGUCGAUACAAAAAUAGAGAGAAACGAAAUGCCUACGGUGGCGAUAUCAAAAACACUUUAGACUACGACUCAAACCUCAGUAAUCGUGUUGUAUUCAACUUUAUGGAUAAAAUUAAAUUUGAUGGAGUUGUUUCCGAUGUAUCUAUUAACUUUUGCACACCUCCAACUCUCGAUGAUCCGCAGAUUAAACUCUAUGUUCUCGCACAAACACCCGAUCCAUGUACAUUUUUCGUUGUCGAAUGGAACGACGACAAAGUCUGCGGAGGAUGUGAGAAUAGUGAGUUACAUAGAAGACAUCCACUCAGUCAACCCACUGAACAUGUACAUACGUACUAUAAAAUACCAGUUGAAACGAUAAAGAAAGUAAGCGGUGUGCAAAAGUUUAAAAUUAACAUGCAAUUACCAGUUGUAAAAGGGCAUUUUCUUGCCAUUGCUUUUGAACCUGGAGCUGGCAGUCCGUUUGCUGUCGACCGUGAUGAAUACUCAGUGAAUCUCAAUCAUUUUCAAACUAUUUGUGAAUCUCCGGCGCGGCAACCCAGCAGACCGAUUGUCUUUACGAACUAUCCAAAUAAAGGAGUUGCCUUCAAUUUCACCGUAACACAAAGGAAUAAAGGUUCCGAUAACCAGAUAUCGCCGAUUUCAAACACAAGUGACUAUGCAGGUCUCGAAUUAGAAGCAAUCACUCCAGCGAGUAAGCUAAAGACGGCACUUGCUAAACUGCAGUCAAAUACAUCUAGUCAAGAAGAGUCGGAAUUGACGUCAAAUAAUAACUUUCAAGAGCGUGUUAAUAUAGCACGUGAAACAAUCAUUGCUCAAUCCUAUUGGAAAGAGGUCAUUGACCAAAUCAUCAAGGAAGAGGAAAAAGAAAUUGGUUCUGACAACAGUACCAGUAGUGAGAAUUUAUUUCGAGGAACUACUGACAUAUCCAGCUCUAUGCCUACUGUUUCAAUAUCAUCGACACUCAAGAAAAAUCAGAAUUUAAAGACUGCGAAGGUUGACAGAGAGAAUACUAUACUUGGUGAUUCGUUACCCACGAAUGAAUUGACUGAGAAUUAUGCCAAUGAAGGACAGGAAACACAACAACCUACAAUAUUCAAGGUUUCACUUUGA